UCUGACCAAGAUAGAGUUCCCUGUUAGUGGAGCACACUGGCACAAACGGUCCAGAGAGCAGCAGCAGCAUGAAGGACGGGAUCUUCCUCAGGGUCCUGUGUCUCUCAGGGUGGCUCACCUUCGCCACGCGCCUGCCCCGUCAGUACCACUAUGUGGCUCAGCCGAUGACUUGGACUGGAGCUCGGAGCCACUGCAGAGGGUCGUUCUUAGACAUAGCCACUAUCGGAAGUCUUGAAGAAAUGAACCACCUUAUCAAAACAGUUUCAAAUGCUGGCAAAAGCUCUGAGGUUUGGAUUGGCCUGUUCGAUGAGAUUAAAUGGAGGUGGUCAGAUGGGUACACGGGGAGUGGAGCGGACUAUCGGAAGUGGGAACUCUCUUACAACGAGCCAAACUUUUAUGAAGCCGGGGAGUUCUGUGUGACCAUAGACAAUGACAGAGGAUGGUAUGAUGAUGAUUGCACGCGACAAUAUCCAUUCAUGUGCUACAACGGGUCGAUGCUGGAUCCUCACUUUGAUUAUGUAAAUGAAUAUAUGAACUGGUCCGAUGCUCAGAACUACUGCAGGGAGCACUUCACAGAUCUGGCCACUGUGAGGAACGACACUGAAAACCUCAAGAUACAGAACCUUCUGCCAGGAAACAAAGCAACAUGGAUCGGUUUGUUCAGAGAUCCUCACUUUUACUGGUCCGACGGGAGUGUCUUCUCAUUCAGCUACUGGUACACUGAUUACAACUACCUCGGCUCGCGGACUCUGGUAUGUGGUGUUGCAGAUUUGGAGAAGUCAGGAAGAUGGAGGUUAAGGCCCUGUACAAGAAAACUACCAUUUGUCUGCUACAGUAUCCCUGGCCGGAUCAAACUGUCCAGUGAGCAACGGGGUGGCCUGGAGGCCAGAGGCUCCGCCCCCCUGUUUGAAAUAAACAGGGGGGCAGUGAAUAGGCAGAUGGUGAAGCUGAGGAUGAAGAUGGACUCCUCCGUGACCCCGAGUGACCCUGCUGUGAGAGCAGACAUCCUGAAAAAGCUCCAGGACAGAGUGGAGGAGGAAGGACUGAGCGGAGUCGUCCUGAAGUGGAGCGAGCAGCCCGACGGAAACAUCUUCCACGAGGAGGAAGAGCCUCCCGAGAAAAGGGGGAAAGAAAGAGAACUUUAGGUUUCAUGUCUGCUGAAACAUGAACGCACCAUCAUCACUGUACAGAGUUUGAUCAUAACCCUGAAGGCUUCCUGUUUGACCCUCAUCCUGAUUACUGUAUGUUGUGUCAUCAUAGUUAUGAAUUUUCACCAGCCAACAUGGCUAGUCGACUUUUUUAAAUUAUAAAAAAGCCACUAGCCCAAUUUUUUCCAUGGAAUAAACCAGAUUACUUGAUGCCACUGAAGACAUUUAAUCAUCCAUGUUUCUUUAAAAAGAUGUAUUAGCGUUGAUGGCAGAUAUACAUUAAAAUGGUAAAAAUAUAUAUAUUGUAAUAUUCGUUUCUUGGUCAAAUACGAGCAGCUCACGACCUUUUCCUCUAACAUCCUCAUCGUCCUCCAGC